UCUCGUAUGCACGCGAGAUAGCAGCACCUAACGUAUUGCGACGUCUCGGCAAAACACGGCCCACAAAAUUACAACUGACGUACUGACCCGCAGCACCGUACCGAGUGUGUGACGUUGCCUUCCAUGUGCUGCUGCCCGCGUGUGUGGUUGUGAGAGUGCAGCGCGUAUAUACUGCCCUGCAAACGGUCGGCAUGGUUUAGUUUCGUACGGAAUUUGAAUCGUGACGGUUGUCCUUGUGUAACAACGCCGGAAGCAAAACGGUAACCUACGGCUUGGUAUAGCUUUAACCAGUGCAUCCAACCGCCAAGUGAAGUGUCUAAGAGACUGUACGAAUAAGGGUCCAAAAUGUCCACCGUGGAAACACAGGUGCAAAGCCCGAUCGAGGGUUGUGAUGUGGUGAACGGGAAUCAGACGGCAACCAUACUGCAGCUAGCGAUGGCCGCCCUGCGGCUCACCAAAGCGGCCGGUACGGAUGGCAACAAUAAUGGCCACCAGCAGCGACUGCGGCCACAGAUUACGCUCAGUGAGGUGGCUUAUCACGAUUGCUACGACGAUUGCUGGAUCGUGCUGUACGAUCGUGUGUAUGAUAUUACAAACUUUCUCAGAUUGCACCCCGGUGGACAUGAUGUGCUGGUGGAGAAUGCUGGACGUGACGCUACCAUCGCCUUCCUCAAUGCUGGCCACUCCGGAAUGGCGCUCAAGUCGCUGAAGCUCUACGAAAUCGGAGAACUCCCACCGAACGAGUGUAUCUACCGGUGUACGGGGAAGCUCACCCUAACGAACCUGCCCGACUAGACAUCGGCUUACCUCCUUAGGGCUACUCGCCCGCCCCUCCCAUUCCUUCUUCCUUCCUCUCUACCAGCAACACCCAUUUCACGCCGUGCCCAUGCUCUACUGUUAUUUAUAUUGCAUUUUCGUUGUUCCCGUCGUUUUAUGGUAACAGAGCUUUAAGUUUAAACAUAAAAGUGACAGUAUUUGAUCAUAUUGAAACAUUAUUUAAGCACACACAUAAAGUCAUCGGAGUUCGAUCGAUUGUUGGUGGUAGUAGAAGCUUUACAAGUGCAAUAAAACCUUACACGAACUAUUUGUGGACGUCUUGCUGUACGUUGGUAGUCCAGACGGUAGAUCAGAAACACACACCCGAAAAGUGACGUUUGUGAUGACGAACUUCGAGCUGUAGUAGCUCGGCCCAGCUCACCAACGCACUCAAGUCUGGCUCGUUUAUCGCUUCGAGACGCACCGAGAGGCUCACCCGAGGUCACCAGCUUGAUUGAAUGGGUCAGUACAAACGAUGUGAGGCUAAUUUUAGCUUUUUGUUUUUGCUAUUUCGGUACAUUCUUGAAGACUUCGAUCGUCGGAGGUCGUCGGAAUUAAUUAGGACAGAUUCGAAGUGGUGUAACUGUACCCCUACUUAAGGAGCUACCAGCGAACAAGAUUACCCUUUAACAUUCCACACCGCAUUACGCAAAGCCCAUCGCGUAAUGGUGACAUUAAUUCUAAUCUGUUGAAAAUAAACGUAUCACUGUCGUUAGUGAGACAUCUUCUUUC